AUAGAAAAACUAAAAAAAAUGGAGAUAUCAGUAAUGACACUAAGCCUUUUGGUGUUGGUUUAUCUGGUGGGUUCUGCCGCAGCACAAAGUGCUGAAAAUGUGAAUGCUUAUAAGGUCUACUUCAAGGCUGUGGAGAAUAACUGGGACAUGAAUGCUGCUCAUGUUUACUGCGCCGAAUAUAAUGCCAAUGAGCCCGUCGAAUGGCGCAGCAAAUAUUAUUGGGCCGCCUUCGGUGAUUCCCAUGGUCCCGUAGGGAAGGAAGCUUGUGGCCUGUGCGUCAAUGUGACAAACACCGCUACUGGAGACGAAACAACAGUAAGAAUCGUUGGUCCCAGCAACAGUGGACUAGAUUUGGACGAGCCAGUGUUUCAUCAGCUAGACAGUGAUGGGCAAGGCGAAGUUGUAGGGCACCUUGUUGUGAACUAUAAGUUUGUGGAUUGUGAUCCAAAACCAGCAGGUCCUGGUGAGACUAAUGUCCUAGCUUAUUAUUCAGAAGACUACAACCCUUUAGAGAAUAAUUGGACCUAUCCUUCACACGCCGCUUGCUACGCCAUGGACGGCGGUAAACCCUUUGAGUGGCGCAAAAGAUAUGGAUGGACCGGUUACUGUGGCAAGUAUGGCUCUAAUGCGGAAAACAUUUGCGGCCAGUGCUUAAAAGUAACCAAUACACGCACAGAUGACUCGAUAACUGUGAGGAUCACGGAUACAUGCGGCACCGGAGCCCUGGAGUUGGACUACGAAACGGCUUUUAAACCGAUCGACACUGAUCUUCAAGGGUUUAAAGAUGGACAUCUUACUGUGAACUACGAAUUUGUGAACUGUGAUGACGAUGUGGGUUCCUCACUUGUCUAUUCCCAGUAA